AUGGAGAGGUUGAAGAAAUUGAAGAAGACUUUAUUAACAAGAUGCAAGUCAAUGAAGGAGAAAAAGGAAGUAAAAGAAUGUAUAUUUAGCAGCAACCCUGAUACAUAUACAUUGCCUAGGUGCAAGUCAUUUCCACAGUGGUGCAGUCCUAGUCCAUCACCUUCGUCGCAAGGUAAGGCUAAGAGGCCGGUCACACCCGGGGGAUGCUUCUCUGUCUAUGUAGGAUCGGCGAGGCAGAGGUUUGUGAUCAAGGCAAAGUAUGCUAACCACCAUUUGUUUAAAAUGCUGUUAGAUGAUGCAGAGAGGCAAUAUGGAUAUUGCAGUGAUGGGCCUCUUUUGCUUCCUUGUGAUGUUGAUUACUUUCUUAAUGUCUUGGCUGAAAUGGACAGUGAUAAUACUGAUAUUACUAGGCAUCAUGGUUGUGGCGGAUAUGGCUCGUAUGGUCUACUUAGCCCGUCGAAAUUGAUCAGAAUGAACCAGUUUUAA